ACGUUCUAGAAGCUCCCGUAGGCCCCCAUCGAUUGUCAUCUCACAUCUCUCAAUCCCAUUCUAAUACGUCUUUCGCCAUCGACUUGCAUGCUGCGCUUUCCUCUAGAUUGAUAUCCUAUCGACACAUCGGUUAGCACUAUGGCUGCUAAUACUCGAUAUGAGCCAGCUCCUCAGCGGGACUCGUUUGAAGACCGCGCAUACACUCAGCCCCCGCCAUCUUAUCAGGCAACGGCCGAACACUCCCAAGCGCCUCGCAGUGAGGAUGACAAUGUUCCCGAUGACUUUAAAUUCGGUGGAAUGGUCGCAGAAGGAACGUUACCUAUCCGGAUGCAAUUCGUCCGGAAGGUCUAUGCCAUCCUAACCGCCCAGCUCCUUCUAACAACCAUUAUGAGCUCGAUCUCCUUCUUCAGCGACAGCUACCGCCUAUGGAUCCAGUCCAACUUCUGGCUGAUGAUCGUCUCAGUCUUUGGUGCCUUGGGUUUCAUGCUCGUAACAUACUGGAAGCGCAAGAGCUACCCGGCGAACCUUCUUUUCCUGACAGCCUUCACGGUUCUCGAGGCCUACUCCAUCAGUGUCGUGACGUCCUUCUAUGACGCGCGUAUCGUAGUGCAAGCCCUUAUCCUGACGCUCGGCAUGUUCGUUGCGCUCACGCUCUUCGCAUGCCAGACGAAGUACGAUUUCACGAACUGGAUGCCGUACCUGUUUGGUGCGCUCUGGUUCUUGAUCCUGUUCGGCUUCGUCGCCGCGUUCCUCCCUAACAGCUCUACCGUUGAGCUCAUCUACAGCGGACUGGCGGCGUUAAUCUUCUCCGGUUAUAUUCUUGUUGACACGCAGUUAAUCAUGAGACACUACCAUGUUGAGGAGGAGAUUGCCGCGAGCAUCUCGCUUUACUUGGAUAUUCUGAACCUGUUCCUGGCUAUCCUCCGGAUCCUUAACAACCAGCAAAACAACUAAACCUGUGUAUCAAAGUUGGUUGCUUAUGAGCGAAGCCGGCUGGGAAGACAAAUUGUGUCGCAGUUGCUGAUUGUCUGAUGAAGAUGACUUAAUUGUAUCCUGCCGUCAAAUUGGGCUUGUUUCCAUAUGUCUAAUAACCAUGCUAGGUCUUUUUGCCCUUGACUUAGCCCUGUUUCUGGCGUUCUAUUUUUUCUCUUUCUGCUGCUAUAUGUGAUAUACAAUAUUUUAGGUUGUGCUCUGGAGCUCUGAAUUAUUGACAAUUGACAAUAUCCUCUGGAAGCUUGGCAUCCUACCGGUAUGAGUGGUAUCAAAAUUGAGAAUGACCCAUGUAAAGAACAUCGACGCAUAGACACAUAGACAGGAAAGGACGAAAGAGAGACCAAGGACAUAUCGAAGAUGUAAAUGACUCAACCUCGCUGUGUCCUCUCCACUUCUCCCUCUGUCUUGCAUCCAUCGCCAUGUCCCUUGCAAGUUCGCCUGCCCAACCGGACUCCCUGUCUGUCCAGACGGGCGGCCUGCUAGUGACCAGGCCAGUGUUAGAGUCAAUAUUGUACAGGGCCAAGGCAAGACUUGAUUCAAUCCCAAUAGACCACAGAUUGUUCUACCAAAAGCUUAGAAGAAAACAGGAAGCGUUCGCAGCGGAAUCGUCAUGAAAGCAGAAUUAUAGCGAUCUAUAUUAUCAGGCCGUAGCCCGUUACAAAAGUAUAAUACCCA